CUUCUUCCCGCUGCUCUUUUCCUUUGGUCCGAUCGUCCGUUUCUCCCGAUUCUUCGUGCUUCGGUGUGAUUAGUUCAUCUCUUUUCCGGCUCGAUCAGCUCGGGAAUCGGCUGUAAUCUGCAGUUAUUUUUUUUUUUCUUACUGCUGAUCGUCUUGUGGUGUGGAGUGUCCGUUCUCUCGUGGAAUUUCAUGCGUUGGCCUAAUUAAACCGGGGGAGCGAACUGCUCUUCGGGAAACUCUUGCAUGAUAAUUGCCUGCGGCUGGAUCGUUAGGAUUUUCUCCUUUUCAUUGGCAAUUCAGAAGUGAGAUUUCGUGUUCUCGAAAGUGCUGCAUUUACGUUUCGGAGCUACAUGGUGACGCAUGGCCGGCGGCUCGUGGUGAUUAAAAGUAUCUUUUCAUCCUAGGUUGCCCUCCACUGGAAUACUUCAAGAUGGUCGACUUACCUAAUUAUGUGGAUAGUACCUUUGAUCAUGAAGCAACCGGAGAUGUAGUGCCGAAGCCCGAGGUUUUGGAUGUGGAGUUACCGCCGCAGACCAUCUAUGCGAGGCAUACGGGGAAUGAUGGCGCAAGUUCAUCUGGAAGCAAUUUGAGAUCGCUUUUCAUCGGAAUGGGCUUCAAACCAUCUCUUGUUGACAAAGUAAUUAGAGAAAGGGGUGGGAAUCUGGGGGACGAGUCUGUUGACUUGAUACUAGAGACUCUCAUAGGAUAUUCAGGUAAUCAGAAAUCAAAGUCUGAAUCUUCAGAUUCGCUGGAUUGCUUGUUCGAUGAUGAUGAUGAUGCGACCAGUCAUCCAGAACUUUCAACAGUUAUCGAACCAAAAGAGGAAUCUGUCUUUGUUGGGGGAGUCUAUGAUGAAAAAAGGGCGUCAUUGCAGAUGAUGCAUUUCUCUGCGAAGGAUAUUGAUUUUGCGUUUGCUAGGCUUGGUGAAAAUGCAACCGUUGAUGAGAUGGUGGACUUCAUUGUUGCUGCCCAAAUAGCUGAAAAGUUUAGAAAGGGCACAACUGAUAGAACUAAUAACAAUGAAGAUAAUAUUGAGGAGAAUAAUGAUGAGAAAUUGUUCGGGACUAUGGAUAAGACACUCAGGUUGCUUGAAAUGGGUUUCUCUGAGAAUGAAGUGUCAUCUGCAUUUGAGAGAUUCGGUACGGAAGUUUCAAUUGAUGAACUUGCUGAGUCAAUUCUUGCUGGUCCACUUGCUGGAAAGUUUGUUCAGAAAGAUAAGCAUUCUUCUUCUUGUUUCCGUGAAAAUUACUGGCAUAUCACAAACUAUGAAGAAUAUCAUGGUAUAGAGAUGAAGAAUCACGUGAGAAGCAACUCAUAUGGUCUUACAACUGUAAAAACCGAGGAUUUUGGUGCAGAUGCCUCAUCACAGUCUAGUUAUGACAACAGGGAUGGUCUUCAAGGAAAGAGGCCAAAAGAAGAGAAUUUUGAUGACUUUCCAGAUGCUGUAUCUAACUGUAGGCGAUUUGACUUUGAGGACAUUCGUAAGGGGAAAAGGCCAAAGCGAGAGUCUACUGAUGACUCUAGCUCUUGCCUCGGAUCUACAUUGUCUGAACGAAAAGCCGGCACUGAAUACACUGGAAUCGUCACAAACAAAUCAUUUGGAUCGAAUCCUUCCAAAGGCCUUGAUCAAGUGGUAGCGAAACCUCCGUAUUUCUUUUAUGGGAGUGUCGUCAACCUUUCUCAGGAGUCUUGGGCAAAAGUUUCUCAGUUCUUGUAUGCGCUUGAGCCUGAAUUUGUGAAUAGUCAGUACUUUUCCGCAUUGACUAGGAAGGAAGGCUACGUGCACAACCUUCCAACAGAAAAUAGAUCUCAUAUACUACCCAAGCCGCCAAUGACCAUCGAGAAUGCAAUACCACAUACAAAAAGAUGGUGGCCAUCAUGGGAUACACGGAAACAGUUGAGCUGCAUUAAUCCUGAAACAAGUGGCCUGUCGCCUUUGUGUGAUAGACUUGGUAGAGUUCUGACAGAUUCGCGAGGGUUGCUUUCGUCUGAACAGCAAAGGGACAUCCUUCAUCACUGUCGAGCCCGAAACCUUAUUUGGGUUGGUCAAUACAAAUUGGCACCGGUAGAGCCUCACCAUUUGGAAUCCAUCCUUGGCUACCCGCUAAAUCAUACUCACUUCGAUGACAUUAACUUAAAUGAGAGACUGGAAUCCCUUAGGCACUGUUUCCAGACAGAUGUCUUAGGGUAUCAUCUAUCUGUGUUAAAGUCGAUGUUCCCUGAUGGACUGACUGUGCUAUCCAUUUUUAGUGGAAUCGGCGGAGCCGAAGUAGCCUUGCAUCGGCUUGGCAUCCGUUUGAAAGGUGUAGUCUCCAUAGAGACCUCGGAAACAAGACGCAGAAUUCUAAGGCGAUGGUGGGGUAAUAGUGAGCAAACUGGGGAAUUGAUGCAGAUUGACGGCAUACAGAGGCUGACCACUAGCAAGCUCGAGAACUUGUUUUCUAAGUUUGGAGGUUUUGACCUCCUCAUUUGUCAGAACCCAUGCAUUCUCUCUACUAGUCAGAAGUCGGCUGCAGAUGGCGAGAAUUUACCAGGUUUCGAUUUUUCAUUGUUUUACGAGUUUGUACGUAUUCUGCAACGGGUAAGGAGUAUGAUGGAGAGAAAGGGGUGAUCUAGGUUUGCUGAUCACUGUAGAUUUCACUUCUGCUAUUCUAAUCAUCCGUCUUGUAGUUGUUUUCAGAUGCCUAACAUUUAUAUUUUUCGACCAAUGUGGAAAAUUAGGCUGAACUAUGGCAUCAACAAUAUGCAGUUCAAUUUGCUAAUGUUUAUCAGAUGAGUUGAUUUUACUAA